UGGGAGGGACGUUCAGCAGCAGCUGGAAGCUAUUUGACCACGUGACUGAAGAGACGUUUCUAUCGCUGUUAGCAGCCAUCAUUUCACCCAAUACAAGCCUAUGCUAAGAAGACAUAAAGGGGAGAUAUAGACUAGUCAUGGAUUUGCACGGGAAUACUGACUGACAGGAACAUACUCGCUCCACUCCUUCGCCUACGGUUUAUUUUCUGGUAUGUAUCAGUUGCAGGUGAGCUUAAUGAGCAGCUGCUUUGACUUGGUUUCCCAGCAACCACUGGCAUAACAGCGGCCUUGGCCUCCUUAUUGGCGGAGAGGCAUAGGUGAAGGAGUGGACCCUGACUGCCUUUCUGUUAUUUACUUUUUGUAACGAGAGGGGGAAUAAGGUGCUCAGAAGACCACCCAGAGCAUGGGGCAGAAGGUUCCGGGAGGCAUAAAGACUGUGGACAUGCGGGACCCGGCGUUUCGGCCUCUCAAACUAGAACUGCAGGCCCUGGACUACACUAAGCCCUCCCGCCUGGAUAUGUUGUUGGACAUGCCAUCAGCCUCACAGGAAGUCCAAGUUCAGCACUCGUGGAACAACGAUGACCGGUCGUUAAACAUCUUUGUUAAAGAAGAAAAUAAACUUAUAUUUCACCGGCACCCUGUUGCGCAGAGUACAGAUGCUAUCCGGGGCCAAGUGGGAUACACACGGGGACUACAUGUGUGGGAGAUCAGCUGGGCCAUGCGCCAGCGGGGCACCCAUGCAGUUGUUGGCGUGGCGACAGGUGAAGCCCCGCUGCAUUCUGUAGGAUACACUGCACUUGUAGGAAACGAUAGUGAGUCCUGGGGCUGGGACCUGGGACGUAACAAACUCCAUCACGAUGGCAAGAACCAGCCCAGUAGGACGUAUCCAGCUUUUCUUGAGCCUGAUGAAACCUUUAUCGUCCCAGACUCCUUUUUGGUGGUCCUGGACAUGGAUGAGGGGACUUUAAGUUUUAUCGUUGACGGACAAUAUUUAGGGGUUGCUUUCAGAGGACUCAAAGGAAAGAAGCUAUACCCUGUAGUGAGUGCUGUGUGGGGACACUGUGAAAUCCGAAUCCGGUACAUCAAUGGACUUGAUCGUAAGUAUCAUCCUUUCUGCUUGGUUGAAUUUGCCUAGGUUAUCUGUGUCUGUUUUUACAUGGCUCCUCCAGUCGUCUCUUGAAUAACAAGGUUGGCGCUGUCAUUUGUUGUACGUUGAAGGUGGCUGGAGCUAGUGUGUCUUUGGAAGGCUUUGUCUCUCAUCCAUUAAUUAUUUGAAACCAGCUCCGUUUACCUGAUAAAGACCAUGACAUUCAUUAUCUUGCACACGUCCUGGAAGCU